UAGUACGCAUGCGCGUCAAAAUGGGAUGAUGGCGGAAGCUACACCCAAAGGAAAUGUUGCAGGUGAUUGGAAAUUAUUAGGCGAUAAAGUGCAGGAUGCUAAUACACUACGACAAGAGGCUGUCAGCGCACAGCAUGAUCAUCUUAUUACUGAGAUCGAAACGUCUGAAGGGCCGCUAGCAACGACCUUGAGAGCUGUUUAUGAUGGAGCAGAAUUGGAGAAGUUUGGGAAUAAAUUGGAUUCUAGAAUCAAAUCACAUGACAAGGAGAUUGAGCGGAUGUGCAAUUACCAUUAUCAGGGUUUUAUUGAUUCCAUCAGAGAAUUACAACAAGUCAGCGGGGAUGCUGCCAAAUUAAAGGAUGAUAUAGGAAAUGUUGAUAAAGAAUUACAGAAAUCGUGUCAACCAUUGUUAGCAAAAGGUGAAAAACUUGUCAAAUGUCGUCUGGUUCAAAAAAAUAUAACGUCUGCCAUAGAAAACCUUUCAUUAUGUCUGCCAGUUUUAGAAAUGUAUGGAAAAUUAAAAGAACAAAUGAAAACAAAAAGAUAUUAUCCAGCCUUAAAGACAUUAGAACAGCUUGAACACACCUACCUACCGCGAGUUAUGAGUCACUGGUUUUCACAAACAAUGUCAGACGCCAUUCCGAAAUUACGGGAACGAAUCAAAGAGGCCUCGAUGUCAGAAUUAAAAGAUUUCUUAGAAAGUAUUCGAAAAAAUUCGGCAAAAAUAGGAGAGGUUGCCAUGAAACAUGCUGCUGAACAGAAUAACAUGGAUCCAACUAUAGCCAAGAAAAAGAUAAAGAAAAAACGUGCCCCACCUCCACCCAAUCCAUUUACUGGUGAAAUAGAUCAUAUGCCUGAAGCUGUUCGAGAUGAUUCCGGCGAUGAAGAGGAAUUAAGUGCCCAAGAUCUGAUAGAUUUUUCUCCUGUUUAUCGGUGUCUACAUAUCUACUCAGUUCUGGGUGAUCGAGAAAAAUUUGAAAAUUAUUAUCGAACACAGCGUUGGAAACAAGCCAGAUUGUCUUUAAAUCCCCCACCAAAUAUGCAUGAAAGUAUUGAUGCCUAUAGAAAAUACUUCCAUGAUAUUGUAGGUUUUUUUGUUGUUGAAGAUCAUAUCUACCACACUAGUCAGGGACUGGUUAAUCGAGCCUACAUAGAUGAAUUAUGGGAAAAGGCAGUAGAAAAAAUGGUAGCUACACUUCGAUCGAGUGCAGCCAAAUUUGUCCUAGCCACGCUUAAUUCUACAACUCAGCAAUCCUGUAAGCGAUCCGAUUUAAUGUUAGAAAUAAAGAAAUUAAUAGUUCUAUUCUGUCACACGUUAAAGGGUUAUGGUUUCAGUGUUGGAAGGUUAUUAGAAUUAUUAUUAGAAAUGAGGGACAGAUAUAGCGAAAUAUUAUCUGAACAGUGGGUGGAUGUUUUUAAUGAAAUAUUUCAAGAAGAUAAUUAUACGCCAAUUUGUUGUUCUACAGAAGAGGAGUUUAAUAUAAUAACAUCCCAGUUACCGUAUCACGAUAAACAGUUACAAAAGGAACCAUUUCCACGUUGUUUUCCAUAUUCCCAGUUUGUACCCAGUGUUUAUAAUCAGGUCAAGGAAUAUAUCAAUGCUUGUUUAAAAUUCUCCGCUGAUUUACAUUUAAGUCAUACGGAGAUAGAUGAUAUGAUUAGAAAAUCUACGAAUAGUUUAUUAACUAAAACAUUAGGUGGAUGUUUGUCACAGUUGAUUAAACGACCAAACUUCGGCCUUUUACAGUUAAUACAGAUAUCUAUAAAUAUGAAUUAUUUAGAGAAAUCCUGUUCUUUAUUAGAAGAUUAUAUCUCUAGUAUAACAGGUGCUGAAAAAGACAGCGUUCAUGUUUCCCGACUGCAUGGCACGUCCAUGUUUAAGGAUGCUAGAAAUGAUGCAGAACAGCAUAUAUAUCACCAACUUAACCUAAAAAUAGAUGAAUUCUUAGAAUUAGCUAGUUAUGAUUGGAUGUUAAAUGAACCGAAGGGACGUGCCAGCGGAUUUUUAAUGGAUUUAGUUGCCUUUUUACAGAGUACCUUUAUGUCUUUCACUAAUUUACCGCGUUAUUUUUAUACGAGUGAAGAUGUAGCCCGAGAUAAAAAUACAGAAAAGGUAGCGAGAACAGCAUGCAUGUCAGCGUGUCAACAUAUCGCGUCUGUUCUCAUGGAGUUUCUCGUUGAUAAUGACGUCAGACAAAUGACGAUGGGAUCACUUCAACAGUUUAACCUUGAUUUAAUACAGUGUGAAGAAUUUGCUGAGUCUGAACCUGUGCCUGGUUCGAACGAUGGAACACUCAAGCUAGCUUUUGCUGAUCUGAGACAAUUAUUAGAUCUGUUUUUAAAUUGGGACUGGUCGAUAUAUUUGGCAGAUUUUGGUAAACAACAAUCAAAAUAUAUCCGAGUUCAGAGACACACAGCCAUCAAUCUUCUAGAAAAAUUAAACAAUGCCGACAAGAAAAAGAACAAUUUAUUUACAUCGUUAAAAAAGAACGAACGUGACAAAAAGAAAUUAGUGGACACUGUUUUAAAACAACUUCGUGGGUUAGAAAAUGGAACGACGCCUCAGGGGUAGACCGAAUCUUCCAACAACCAUAUUUAUUGUGAUAAAUUAAAAACCGUGUCAAUCGAACAGGCUUCAUGGAUCAAAUGUGAAUUGUUUAAAAUAUAACUAAUUGCAGGUCUUAUUUUAAAUAUUAACACAAUCGAACAAGUGUAAUGGAUCAAAUGUGAAUUAUUGAAAUUAUGUCACAGCGCUCUUCUUUUUUUAAAAAAUUUUACAGAAUAUGUCAGUCGAACAGACUUCAUGGAUGAAAUGUGGAAUGUGGAAAAAAUAUUGCAGCGGAGAUAGAAAUA